UAUAAUAAAUGGCUGGCCCUAGAGUUAUAUAUUCAACUAUAGUAACUAUUUUAUGCAUAAAAUUGUUGACUGCACCUAUUUUUGCACAAGAAUUUAAUGCAGGGUUAUUGCCAGGAUUAUUCCCAAUAAAUCCUGAAGAAAUCAGAAAGUGUUUUCAAACAGUGACAGCAAUUCCUCGUUGUAUUGAAGAAAUAUUAACUUCUUUCUUAACUAUUCAACUUAAUUUGCUUGGUACUCAAUGUUGCAAAGCAGCUUUGGAAAUUGAUGAUAGUUGUUGGCCAAAGAUUUUCCCUUUUAAUCCUUUCUUUCCUCCUGAUCUCAAGAACUUUUGCUACACUCAACCAGGAAUUAUACCUCCACCUCCGCCGUUAUUUUGAAUAUUCAAGAACUCGUCAGAUUAGUCGAAUUAGUAGGUUCCGAAUACAUAAAAAAAAUGUGGGAAUAUUUGAUAGU